AUGGUCAUGAGCGACGACGAGAAGGCCGCUGCCACUGGCGGGGUGGCCGAGAUGUCGCCCAAUGCCUCUCGCCCGUCCAUCGUUGACGACACGAUCAAGGACGUUGAUUCGGAGCCCUUUUCCUACGACGAAGACGAUCGCGACUACUGCUCGCCGCAAAACACCACCGAGCACGACCUCAACGUCACCGAAGAUGACCUGCUCGAGGCCCAGGAGCUCGCCUCCCGAUUCACCCUCCAGGAAGUCCGCGACAUCAUGACUAGAGUCUACCGCGUCCACGAAAAGGAUCACAACUUCCCGUCCAUCAUCAUCCACAAGAUCAAGGCCUUUCUUGAAAACGAGUCCGUCUUCUCGAACCCCGAGAAGCACCAGCACUUGAUCCAGGAAAUGAAGCUAGAAGCCGCCCUCGUCACCAGCAACAGCCCGUACGCCGAGGUGCGCGCCGUCGUCAGCAACAAGGACGAUCCCACAACGCCCUGCUCAACCAUCCGCAGCUGGGCCAUUGGCCUGGCCUUUAGCUGCCUGCUGGCCUUUAUCAACCAAUUGUUCGACAUUCGCCAACCUGCCAUCCGCGUCAUGGCCAACGUCGCCCAGCUGCUGUCCUACCCCGUGGGCAAGGCCUGCGAGAACUGGCUGCCGGACAUCGGCUUCACCUUUUUUGGCACAUACCACUCCCUCAACCCCGGGCCCUUCUCGAAAAAGGAACACAUGCUCAUCACUAUCAUGGCGAACGUGGCAUACAACACACCCUACACGAACAACAUCAUCUGGGUCCAGUAUCUGCCCCAGUAUUUUAACCAGCCCUAUGCGUCCCAUGUGGCCUACCAGCUUCUCAUUGCCCUGGCCACCAACUUUAUCGGAUACGGCAUGGCGGGCAUCUGUCGCCGCUUCCUGGUCUAUCCGUCGUACUGCGUGUGGCCGGCCUCUCUGGUGACUAUUGCCCUCAACAAGGCCUUCCACAACGAGGCCAAUGCCCCGGUUGAGGGCCCCUUUGGCAAGAAGUGGAAGAUUUCUCGUAUCAAGUUCUUCUACAUCAUGUUUGGCGCCAUGUUCGUCUGGUUCUGGUUCCCCAACUACAUCUUCACUGCCUUGUCCAGGUUCAACUGGUUAACCUGGAUCGCCCCCCACAAUCGCGACCUCAACGUCAUCACGGGCAUCAACCAUGGCCUGGGCGUCAACCCAUUCCCGACCUUUGACUGGAACGUCUUGCUGUGGGACUCGGCCGACCCCCUCAUGGUUCCUUUUUACAGCACGCUGAACCGAUUCUUUGGCGUCUUCGUCUCCUUCUGGGUGGUGCUGGCCUUCUGGUACAGCAACGUAUACGACACCGGCUAUCUUCCCAUUAACAGCAACCGGGUAUUCGACCACUUUGGCAAGCUGUACAACAUUAGCCGCGCCGUCGACGACCGGGGGCUGUUCAACGGCACAGAGUACAAGACAUACUCGCCGCCCUUUCUGAGUGCCGGCAACAUUGUCAUUUACAUGUUCUUCUUCGCGAUUUACACCUCGACGCUGACCUAUGCCGUUCUCUACCACCGCCACGAGAUCCUCAUGGGCUUCAAGUCCCUCUUUGCCAGCUUCCGCAAGAAGACCAGCCCGAUCAAGGACGAAAAGAUCCUCGACGUCCACAACCGGCUGAUGAAGGCAUACCCUGAGGUGCCAGAGUGGUGGUACUUGAUCUGUCUCUUAGUUGCCAUUGCAUUAGGUAUCGCUGGCAUAGCCGGGUGGGAUACGAAUACGUCUCCCGGCGUUGUGUUUUACGGCCUGGCGCUCUGCAUCGUCUUUGUCAUUCCCGUGGGCAUCAUUAAGGCCAUGACGGGCAUCGAGGUCACCCUCAACGUGCUGGCCGAGUUCAUUGGCGGAUCCUGGGUCGACGGCAACGCGCUGGCCAUGAACUACUUCAAGUCGUUUGGCUAUGUCACCUGCGCACACGCCGUGUGGUUCUGCAACGAUCUCAAGCUCGCCCACUACGUCAAGAUCCCCCCUCGCCACACCUUCAUCGCGCAGAUCAUUGCCACCUUUAUCAGCACCGUCAUCUGCACCGGCGUUCUCAACUUCCAGAUGAAGGGCAUUGACGGCGUCUGCACGCCCGAUGCCCAGUUCAAGCUCACCUGCCCCGGCGUCAACACGUUCUUCACUGCCUCUGUCCUUUGGGGAACGGUUGGUCCGCAGAAGAUCUUUGGCCACUCCGGACAGUACACGGAGAUUUUGGUCGGAUUUCCGCUGGGCAUUCUUGUGGUUGUCUUCUUCUGGGGGCUGAACAGGAAGUUUCCCCAGUGGACCUGGACGCGACAGAUCCACCCCGUGGCCAUCAUGUACGGCGGAAUUGUGUGGGCGCCGUAUAACAUGUCGUACGUGUGGCCGUCUGUGCCGAUUGCAUGGAUCUCCUGGGUCUACCUCAAGACUCGGUUUGUGUCCUUUUGGUCCAAGUACAACUUUGUUCUCUCAGCGGCCUGGUCGUGCGGCAUCGCCAUCUCGGGCAUCAUCAUCUUCUUUGCCCUGCAAUACACCGACGUUGAGUUCCACUGGUGGGGGAACAUGGCGUCUGACAUGGGCUGCGAGGGCCAGGCGUGCACACUGAAGCAUCUUGCGCCGGGCGAGUACUUUGGGCCACGGAUUGGCACAUUCGACUGA